UAUCCAAACUCACGUUGCUGUAAUGUGUCAAGCCCAUGAUGGAGCUUUUCUAACUGAAUCCAAAAUUAGGACAAAGAAAACUAAAACAACGUUUGCUAACUUUUAAUCAACAUUGAAAGGAAAUGGACCCAGCAACUGUAAAGAGGAAAAUUAUUGGUCUUUUUUGAGAGGAAGAAUAUUUUUGUUGAUAAAAGUGCCCACACGAAGUCUGAAGAGGGUGGAUAACGUGAAAUCCACGUCCCAUUGAUGAGUUGGUUUCAUUUGGCGGCUGAAGACAAACCUCAAAGGACUACUGCCUGGCCAGCUGCACUGCUGCCCAUGAGGAGCCCUCAUCUCUGGUCCUGAACCACAGCGGUACCCAUGGAGAUCCGACUAGACCACCAGCAGCAGUAGACCACCUGAGGGGCCAGACGCCACACCACCAGACGGCGCCACCCAGCUGGGCGAACACAGGAGUCCAGCAGCAGAGGCGGAGAGGAGGGGGAUCAGAGACACAGAUGAGUGGGGGGAAGGAGGGCGGCGGAGCGAGGGAUGGCGAAGGAGGCUCUACCUCCCCGGCUGGUGGAGAACAGCAACAACAAGGGUCCGGGCGGACGGAGCGCUCCACCUCUGACAAGGAGGAGGAGGAGAAGAAGAGCGGAGGAGGGGGAGGUGUAGAUGGGCAGCAGAGAGGUGUGGAGCAGGGGAGAAGCACUGCCUCAGGGGAGACGACGCCCAGUGAUGGAGAGCAGGGCCACAGCGACACCUCCGGGGGGGAGCAGGGUCACGAUGACGUGGAAAUGAACACUGGGCUGGACUCCAGUAGUGGGGGCAGUAGUGGCAUUGGCUCUGGAGGCCAGAAGGGCGGCGGUAGCGGGAAGAAGAUGGGGAGGUCGUCGCACCACCACAGUCGCAGCAGCACCUCUGGCUCCAGCAGCUCCAAGAGUUCCAAGUCAGGCACUGGAUCAUCAUCUUGUGGGAGUAGUCAGCACACAGAGACCAGUGGCAGUGAGCCUACAGAGCCAGGGCGUGACCAGACGCAUAAGGAGAUGAUGCAGACGGUGCAGGAGAUGAAGAAGAGGCUGCCGUCAGAGAGGAGGAGCCGCAGUAAACCCAGCACUGUGGAGGCGCUAAACUACGCACUCAACUGCGUCAAACAAGUGCAAGCUACCACCGAGUAUUACAAGCUUUUGAUGAGCCACUGUCGGGAAGAGCGCAGCGACGCUACCGUGUGCUCACUGGAGGAACUGGAGAGCAUUACUUCAGAGCACGCCCUGAAAAACACGGAUUCGUUUGUGGUGGUGUUCUCCCUGGGCACCGGCCGCGUGGUCUAUGCCUCUGAGCAGGCCUCCAGCAUCCUCAACUGCAAGCAGCGUGUUCUGGAGUCGGCCAAGUUUGUGGAGCUGCUGUACCACCAGGAUGUCAACGUCUUCUACUCGCACACGGCCCAGCCGCACCUGCCACCCUGGAACAUGGGCACUGACAGCAAUGCCAUUUUGUUUGAAUGUGCCCAGGUGAAGUCCUUCUUCUGCAGAAUAAGAGGGGGUAAGGAUCGGGACCGGGAAAUGCGCUACAACCCCUUCCGGAUCACUCCCUACCUGCUGAAGGUGCAGGACCUGCCCGAGUCCGAACCACAGCCCUGUUGCCUAGCACUAGCCGAGCGCAUCAUCUCCGGAUAUGAGGCUCCACGGAUCCCCAUGGACAAACGCAUCUUCACCACGACACAUUCCCCAGGAUGUGUUUUCCUGGAGGUGGAUGACCGUGCUGUGCCUUUGCUGGGCUACCUCCCUCAGGACCUGAUUGGGACGUCACUGCUGACCUGUCUCCACCCGGAGGAUCGUGCUAUCAUGCCCGGCAUGCACCGCAAGAUUCUGAAGAAUGCAGGUCAUCCUCCGUUUGAGCACUGCCCAAUCCGAUUCCGCUGCCAGAAUGGGGACUAUGUGACCCUGGACACCAGCUGGUCCAGCUUUGUCAACCCCUGGAGCCGCAAGGUGGCCUUCAUCAUUGGCAGGCAUAAAGUGCGCACUGGUCCACUGAACGAGGAUGUGUUCGCUGCGCGCACCAAGGCGGACAUGCCAUGCUACGAGGACAUUAAGGAGCUGCAGGGAAUCAUAUACAAGCUGUUCCUACAGCCGGUCCACAACAACGGUUCGAGUGGCUACGGCAGCCUGGGCAGCAACGGCUCUCAUGAGCACUACAUCAGCGUGGCCUCCUCCAGCGACAGCAACGGGAACCUCUGGGAAGACUCACACCGUGAGCCGAUGACACUGCAGCAGAUCUGUGCUGACGUUAACAAGGUGAAGAACUGGGGCCAGCAGGCCUACCUGCACUCCCGCAGCAAGCUCAUGCCCCUGGGGAAAACUGUCACCGAGCCACGAGCUCCGCACAAUCUCACUGCCCCCAGCGCAGCAGUCAGGGGCCCUGCUGAACGCUCUCUCAACGAGUCCAGCAAACAGCCACACAUUCCAUCCUACCAGCAAAUCAACUGUGUGGACAGCAUAAUCAGGUACUUGGAGAGCUGCACCACUCCAGGUCUGAAGAGGAAGAGUGAAUCGCUCUCCAUCGCCACCUCCUCCUCCUCAUCAUCAGAAGAAGACAAGGCUCUGCCCUCAGAGGAUGUGACCAACCCCAACACGGGGACCCUGGACAGCCAGGUGUCGGCGGGCUCAGCGGUAACGGUGGCCCACAGCACGGCGGCCGUGGUGGGCGCUCCGCUGACGGACAUCGACCUGUCCACCAAGGCCAUGAGCGUGGUGUCCGUCACCAGCCAGUGUAGCUACAGCAGCACCAUCGUGCACGUGCCUCAGCCUGAGUCAGAGGUGACUGCUUUGGAAGACGCCCCAAUGGGCAGCGAGCCCACCGACCAGGCCACCACCCCCGCACGCCAAGCCCCCAGCUCGGCCGCCGAGGAGUUCCGGAAGGUGGGUCUGACCAAGGAGGUGUUGUCGGCCCACACGCAGAAGGAGGAGCAGGAGUAUGUGGACCGCUUCCGCCAUCGCAUCCUGCAGAGCCCCUACAGCUCCUACCUGCAGCAAGACACAGGCAGCAUGGCACACUCGCACCACAAAGGCGAACACGCCGUUCAGCCACAUAGUGCAGGCUGGAAGUCCAAGUCGGGCAAGCCCAAGCACAAGCGGCCCAAGCCCCAGGACUCGUCGGACAGCUACGGCUCCACGCCCAGCAUGUCCCGGCCGGCACGACGGCCCCCCAACCCCCCGCACUCCUCCUGGCCCUCCUCCGAGUCCUCCCAGCCUCAGGCCUCCAACUUGGGCUACGGCAUGCCCCCACUGGUCAUGCCCAUGCAGCCCCCGGGGCCCUACUUCACCAUGGUCAACCAGAUGGACCCCACCAAGCAGGGUGGCGUGCCCACGGCCAUGGCCCCGGGCAUGGCACCGGGCAUGGCACCGGGCAUGGCACCGCCUGGCGUACCUGCGGGAGUACCCAUGAUGCUCCAGCCCGACCAGGCGGCGUUCCAGCAGCUCCCCCAGGCUGCGGGCCUCAACCCUUAUAUGACUCCCGUCAUGGCAGUCAUCCUGCCCAACUUCCCCACGUACCCUCCCAAGUACCCCAUGUUCCAGCAGACGCAGCCCGUGCCAGCGGCCUUCAACAUGUCGCCCUUCGCUGCCACCCCGUUCUCGCCGCCCGCCUUUGGCCAGCUGCAUCCGCAGCUCCAGCAGCAGCCAGUCAUCCCCAGCACCCUCCUGCCCACCGCGCCACUCGGCUCUCCACAGCCCUGGCUGGGGGAGGAGGACCUGGAUGUGGACGGGGCGCAGCCUCCCGCCCUUUUCUCCAGCUCGCGCUCCAGCUCUCCGCUCCAGCUCAACCUGCUGCAAGAGGAGCUGCCCAAACCGCCAGAGCUCCAGAGCAGCACCGGACGCCCCGAGAGCCUCCACGAGCAGCACACCAAAGGGGAGGAUGCCCCCAGUGAGUCUGGGAACCAGGAUGCCCUGUCCACCUCCAGCGAGCUGCUGGAUCUGCUGAUGCAUGAGGACGCUCGCUCAGGCACCGGCUCCAACGCCUCGGGUAGCGGCUCUGGGGAGUCUGGGGGGUCCCUGGGUUCUGGAUCAGGUUCUGGUUCUGGCUCCGGUUCCGGAACCUCCACCAGUCAUACAGGCAGCAGCAACAGCAGCAAGUACUUUGCCAGCAACGACUCGUCGGACACGUCGCGUAAGGCGCGCAAGAACCAGGAGGUGCCGGAGAGGCCCGCGUUCGAGCACGCCGUGGAGGACUCUCUCUGGACCAUGAUCCAACGCACCCCCGAGCCAGUCAUGAUGACCUACCAGGUCCACCCAAGGGACCAGACGCAGGUGCUGAAGGAGGACCGCGACAAGCUGCUGCUGAUGCAGCCCCUGCAGCCCUGGUUCACCCCCGCGCAGCGCGAGGAGCUGGCCGAGGUGCACCCCUGGAUCCAGCAGCAACGCAUCCCACAGGAGAUCAACACCCAGGGUUGUGUGACGUGCAGUGCUAUGGAGGCUGAUGGUGGCAGCUCCCCAGCGCCGAGCCCCCCCACCCCCGACAGCUCCAUGCCUCAGGAGGACCUUGCGCCAGAGCAGGACCCCGAACCCGGCGCCAACACCUGAGGCACCAACCACCCCAUACUCUACCCUACCCACCGCAGCCACCACCACCACCACCACCUUAUGUACCACAAAACCCAACCGCACCAUCCAACCACACCUCAAGUACCCGAACAAACAGCCCACCCCCUCUUUCAGCUAAACUUGAGUCUGGAUAAGGAGGGAGGCUGGGAGGGGAUCAGGGAGGGCCGGGGUUUUAUUUCUGUCUGGUCAGGGGCCAUUGUUCACCAAGUGGGCCUCCUUGAACUGGGAACCACGCAGACUUCAUCUCCACGCUUGUGUAUGCUGGACGGCCCCUGGACCCCGGACCCUGUGUGAGUGUGUGUGUGUGUGUGUGUGUGUGUGUGUGUGUAUGGGUUGGUCAACACGGGGGGGUCCAGUGCAGCCAGCCAUGGCCGCCCCCAUAACGUGGCGCCUCAAAGCGAACCAUCAAGACAAAAAGCACAGAACCGUAGAGAAGACGGCAGAGUUCUGGAGAGACGACUGGCCUCACGCACGUCUCUCAACCCCCUUUAUUCACUCUUCUGCUCACACCAAUCAACCAGACCCGGAAACUGUGAACCGACCAACUACCCAACCAGCCCGGCAUUGGGGUCAAGAAUGCAUAGACAUAAAUAUAUAUAUACACAAUACAUAUAUAUAUUAUAUAUAUAAACAUAUGCGUAUUUAUAUUUGUAUGCCUGUACUUGUGGCAGUUUUUAUUUUUGUAGUUUGUUGAACCAUCAGAUGUUUUUGUGUUUGCCGACGGCUUUGGUAGCCCACUGUGUUUGGGCUCCAGCAUGAGGUCUGCAGAACUCCCCUGCGGGGGGGCGGGAGAUAGAGGGGCGGAUGGAUGGAUGGAUGGAUGGAUGGAUGCCAGUUUCUCACCAGCUGAGGAUGUCCUCCGCACCCUGAAUGGACAGUUGCAGUGACCUGCGACCUGAGGCCCAGAGUGGUAGACAGACGGCCUGCAUGCAGGUCGGACCCAUGCGGCUUGACUUUUGUCUGCACCGGACUUGGAGAAGGAAAAUGAGCAGCGUCCAUCCAUUGGAUCGGUAGAGUGAGCACUUUGAAUGCAACUGGACAACGGGCCUCUCUUCAACCAGCAGGUUUCUCUCUCCCACACAAAGGCCGCCUGUGACUGGUAUCCGAAAGCAGCCUGUGACUGGCAUCCUGUUUUAAGGUGCUCAAAUUCAGCAGCUCACUAACUUCAAAAAGGACAAAACAAAACGACAGCAACAACAAAAACAUAAAAAAAAGAUUGUUUCCCAUUUCUGGUGCGUUUGCUCCUGAAAAAAUGUACUCUCCCUCUCUAUCCUGGCUAGUUUACUCCUCAUGAUCUCCAUGGAAGAUGUUAUGCGGAAGUUUUUUUUGUUUCCGUGUUAUGCCUGAAAAGGCAUAUGGACCUGAAGAAUCAUGAGCUGAACUUAAUCCGCCCUGAGGAUGCUGUAGUGGGAGAGAUGGGAUAGAUGCGACAUGUACAGAACCUCAGUCUGGAAGCAGAAUACCCCCCACCCCUCUUUUCUCCUUUUUAUGCGGACGCACAAUUAUGUAACUGUGGUAUUGGACUGAUGACAAAGUGGUAUCUUUGUGCUAUCUCUCUAUCUUUCUCUCUCCCUUUCUUUAUUUUGAUGUGACAAACAAGACCAUGGGAAAGACGUGUGCGCCUCCUUAUUGUGGCUUGUAAAGGUGAUGUUAGAUCCAGGCAACUAUCAGCCACGGCUGGCCUCUCGGCUGCAAGAGUUGUAUUGUGGGCGCUUCUGUGUGUUGUUUUGUUUUUUGUUCUGGUCAUCUAUUUGUCCAGCAGUGCUUUUGGAGUUGGCUUUGUCGUGGGCCUUAUGAGCCGUCCGCCUCGCCUAACCCCCGUGGGUCCUAGAGGGAGUUAGAGAGAGUUCAGGCAGCCUUUCCUGGGAGCAAUUAUAUUUCUGCACGAUCUUGCACUGUCAGCAGGAAGCAUCACAGCGCGCGUGCACACACACACACACACACACACACACACACACACACACACACACACACGAGAGAGCUGCAGGCAUCCUGUCACCAUAGAACUAAACCUUCAGAAUAGUUCUCUUUUUUUAAGUUAUUGAAAUGUCAUUUAAAAUGUCAAUGCCAAAAAAAAGCUUGGCAUGUUCCGUGGCGCUCCUCAGUUUGUUCUUGUCACUCGUUUCUGUUUUCUCUAUGGAUGUCACUGACUUAUUGUAUCAGAUGAAGAUUCAAAAGUAGAGUUGUUUUUGUGAGUGUGUCGGGUAAGAUGUUGUCACAAUAGAGAUGGUCUCUGUGGAGACCGUUGAAAGGGGGCCAGUGUAUACUGAAAUGCACAACAACCAACUCCAUAGUCAGGUGAAAUGCUGCUGUGGAACCAUUUUGUAAUCAUGACCAGAAAUCAGAACCAACUAGAUUUUUUUGUACAGUUUGUAGCGUAAAGCUGAUUCAGAAUAUUGCCGUGAAGUGUAUUUUACAGCCCUUCAUUGACAAAGUGUAUUUAAAACGAGGACAUUUUUUGUCUUGAAUUCAGGGAGGAUUUUGUGCCACCGUAAAAUGUCUAAAUAAAGACCACAACUACUUGACAUCA